AUGGCCCAGCGGAAUGGCACGCAGGAUCUUUCGGGUAACGUGUCUGCAGCCACGCAGCAGCUGCUGAUCAAGCUAGAGGAAGACCUCCCCACCAUUGUGCCCGAGGAGCUGGUGAUGCACCACUUUAAGCAGGCUGGCUGCAACUGCGACGACGACCCGCAGCUGGUGAAGCUGGUGGCCGUCGCGGGGCAGCGCUUCUUGACCGCGGUCGUGAACGACGCCGUGCAGCUGGCCAAGCGCAAGGCGGCAGCGGGCCAGGGCCGCAAAGCAAAGGACCUCGACCGGCGGCUGGUGCUCACGCCUGAUGACGCGGCAACAGCGCUGAGGGAGGCGGUCUGA